AUUAAAGUAAACGUACGCAUAUCAAUACCUUAGUACCUCAGUAAAUGGACUGCUAAUAAGGACUACUAAGCUCUACCACUAAGGACGGUGAAACAUGGAGGAGCUCAAAUUCAGAGGGCGGAAAAGGGAAGGGAGGCACAGGUACAUUUUAUUAAUCUAAAAUAAAUACAUUCAGUGGGAAUGUGGGAAUAAUUUCAGGCAAAACUGUUAGGAUUCAUAGGGUCUGAUCCUGAACAUAAUUAGCUCUGUACAAAAAACAGAAAUUAUUCCAUAAAUUGAAAAUAUUCUACCUAUACUGAAAUCAUACUAAAUAGAGGUAAUACAACUAUAUCAUGAUACAACUAUAUCAUGUACAAUGACAGACAUCAUUUACCAUUAUUUGGAGGGUAAUGAGAAUUUAGUGUACAAAACAUUAUGAACAUGACACAGACUGUCCAGGUGAAUCCAGGUAAAAGCUCUGAUCUCUUAUUGAUGUCACUUGUUAAAUCCACUUCAUUCAGUGUAGAUGAAGGAGAGGAGACAGGUUAAAUAAUGAUUUUUAAGCCUCAAGACAGCAUGGAUUGUGUAUGGUGCCAUUUAGAUGGUGAAUGGGCAAGACAAAAUAUUUAAGUGCCUUUGAACGGGGUAUGGUAGUAGGUGCCAGGCGCACUGAUUUGAGUGUGUCAAGAACUGCAAUGCUGCUGGGUUUUUCAUGGCCAACAGUUUCCCAUGUGUAUCAAGAAUGGUCCACCGACCAAAGGAUAUCCAGCCAACUUGACACAAGUUGAAGCAUUGGAGUCAACAUGGGCCAGCAUCCCUGUGGAACGCUUUGGACACCUUGUAGAGUCCAUGCCCUGACAAAUUGAGGCUGUUCUGAGGGCAAAAGGGGGUGCAACUCAAUAUUAGGAAGGUGUUCCCAAUGUUUUGUGCACUCAGUGUAUAUUACAACCUACUAGUUUUGAUUUACAUUUGGUUGAGUUGUCAACUCGUGUGAAUUCAAUAUGAAAUCCACAACAAAUUUCACCAUGCCAAGCUUACGCUGAUGACUUUUUGCAAAUCCAAAUAGUUUUCCAUGUUAAUUCAACCUCAUCACAUUUGUUGUUGUUUUUGUUGUUGAAAUGACGUGGAAACAACGUUUAUUCAACUAGUUGUUGCCCAGUGGGAAGGAAGCAAAGUUUAAUUCCUUCCCAAAUGCUUCUUAUUGUGGACCUCUGUUUUGUUCUGAUAUUGCUGGAAUUACAGUGUGUCAGAUGUCAUCAGAAGCUGUCAUAAUGUAUCUAUUAUUCUACAUAAGGUAUAGUGUGAUGACAAUAGAUAUUAGCUCAAUACUGACAAUGUUAUAUCGAUAGGAAGCCUAUCAAUAGGAAUGAGAAAACAAAGACAUCUGACAAUGUAUUAUUCAUUACUACAUUAUGUUUACAAUAAGUGUUUUGAGACUCAUGAGAAUGAGCAUGACAGAUGCAUUGCAAUAAAUUCAUGCUUUAGGGUGAGUAAUAGUAUACAAAUAUAGGUAUAAGACUUAUGAUCAGGCCUAUGUUAUGGGUGGCCAGGUUGAGAACCACUGAGCUAGACCAUAAUCAACAGUCUAUUCAGAUUCAUUAUUUGAGACAAGUUGAUCAACAUUUGGUUCCCUCUUCAGAUCAGUUUCUUUCAGUAAACCUGAUAGAGGUGACACUUAACCCACUUCCUUGUAGAAAGCUUGUAUAAGCAAUAGUUUACAUAAGGUUGAUAUAAUGGAUAACGGUCAUAUCUUAAUUAGGGUGAUUCAACUUGUAGGGCUGGUCACAAUUGGGUUGGGUGAGUUAGGGUGUUUCAAAGCCGAAGCUCAUUAGAUAUACUAAGACUGGGGUAUGACGUUGUCAGUAUCUAUUGUACCCCAUCAACAGUCCCAUUUCCAAUGAUUCAACAGUGGCUAAUAUAGUGUCACCUUUGCCUGCCACACACACACUUGAAAAUGGAUGUUGUUUGAUGCCACUUGUGACUCACUUGUGCCACUGGGCUUCCUUUGAUAUAACAUAUCUUCAAGUUAGAUAUUACAGUAACACUUUAUAAAGGGUUUAUAAAGACUGGAUGUUAUUGUUUUAAGGAUGGUUUAUGAAUCAGUAAUAAACAGUUUUAACUGUUUGAAAUUGUGUUUGAUACUGUCACAGGGACACCUGGGAUCCAUUCCAGUUGAAUCCCAUUGGUGCUGAGAAAGAGGAGAAGAGAAGAUGCUUUGAGCUGUUCCAGCACCUGGUGGCAGGGUUAGUGGGGAUAAUGGUCCUGUCCAGUGCUGUCAUCAGCAAGGUGAGCCACAAUGAGGGACCAGCACCCUGAACCUGGAAACUACUGGAUCAACACAUUCAAGCAUAAUACCUCCUGUGAUGUCAUCUUAUAAUCAUAUUUUAAAGGGAUAGCUCACCCAAAUUACAAAAUAACGCAUUGGUUUCCUUAUUCUGUAAGCAGUCUAUGGACAAGGUAGAUGUAUGACAGCAAUCCAUGAUUUGGUUUAGUUUCCCUGGCACUAUUUCCACAUGCUAAUGUUUUAGCAUUGUGGCACAAAUCCCAUUCAAAUCCCAUUCAAGUCAUGGGACCGAUAUAAGCAUUUUUCGCACAUCAUGUCCAAAUAUCGGUCCCAUGACUUGAAUGGGAUUUGAAUGGGAUUUGUGACACAAAUGCUAAAACGUUAGCAUGUGGAACAGUGUCAGGGAAAUUAAACCAAAUCAUGGAUUCCUGUCGUACAUCUACCAUGUCCAUAGAAUGCUUACAUAGACUGCUUACAGGGUAAGGAAACCAAUAUGUCAUUUUGUAAUUUGGGUAAACUAACCUUUUAAUGUAUAUCGAAUCCAUACAGUAUCAGAUACGUUCCCACAAAUCAGCAUUGAUGAAUAGUUUAGGGAAGUGGUAUGGGUUCUAUAUGAGACAAAUCUCAUGACUGUCUUUAAUGAGAGGGUUUAUAUAAAUAUGCUAUUUCUAUAUCACAGGAGGUUGGUGGCAUCUUAAUUGGGGAGGACAUGCUCGUGGUAAUGCCUGGAAUGGAAUAAGUUGAAUGGUAUCAAAUACAUUACAUUUACAUUACAUUUACGUCAUUUAGCAGACGCUCUUAUCCAGAGCGACUUACAAAUUACAUUAAACACAUGGUUUGAUGCCAUUCAUUCGCUCUGUUCCAGCCAUUAUUAUGAGCCGUUCUCCCCUAAGCAGCCUCCACUGUUCUAUAUCCACAUAGAUGAUGUAUGUGAUACUGUAGGCCAUGCACGACAACGACUGAGCAAUCUAUUUUUUCGAACAAAAAUUAAUUACAUUUCCACUGACAGAAUGAUACUAAUUAAAGCCCCUUGUACGUUUUCCCUUAUCGCCUCAGCUGGCAUUGCCAUCUCCAUGGACACGUGUGUAGCAAGAGAAUUUAUGACAUGACUGUACUGUAUACACUUUGUACUCUGCUAUCUGUUUUCUCUCUAACAUGUACACUGCAAACAUUCUCCUCAUAAAGUCAAAACACUAUGAAGGAAAUGUUCACACUCACUAUGUAGUUUCAGGGUUGAGUAGGUUACUUUCUAAAUGUAAUCCAGUAACCAUUACUAGUUACCUGUCCAAAAUUGUUAUCAGUAACAUAACUUUUGGAUUACUCAAACUCAGUAACGUAAUCUGAUUACUUUCAGUUACUUUUGGAUGACUUACCCCUUAAGAGGCGUUAGAGGAAGACAAACUUAAACUUGCGCCUUGUUUCAGUGCUGAAUUGAAUGUCAUUGAGAAAACAGAAAGGUGUCAUAAUGUAUUUUUGCCCACGUCCUUUCUGAAUUUAAAAGUAAUCCGAGAAGUAAUCAUCUAGUUUUUCAAAAGUUGUUUUUCUUUUUUCAGAUUACAUGUUGUCUGAUUACAUGUAAUCAGUUACUACCCAACCCUGUGUAGAUCAGUGUCUAAAUGAAUUAAUUCAGUCAUCUUUGAUUUUAUAAUAUAAGAAGUCUGAUGCCAGUUGUGUUUACAUCCAAUCUUCAGGGCUCUCUGCUAGUUCUAGCCACGCUCUCAAGCCCCACAUCAACUAGGACUCCCAAGGAAAGACAAUACUACGUGCUCAUGCUGGUGUGCUCUUUGGUGGUGCCCAACCUGCUCGUGUUCCUCAAGUCACUGUGGAAAUGCGCUUUCAAGAACUUCGUUCCGCCAAACAUGAGAACUAUGGGAAUUGUAAAUUGACACUGUGAAAUACUAUACAAUUUGACUCCUUGGUGAUCUUUGAUUGUCUUAUUUGCUCCUCGAUUGCUUGCUGUCAAUACAAAUGUAAAUCUUUAUCUUUCAGGUGUGUGUCAUUGAAUGCCUGGUGUCUCUUGGGACCUCCAUCCUGGUGCUGGUUGUGAUGCCCCAGUUUGACGUACUCACAAACCUGUUCAUCUCUGGGGGAGUCUGCAUGCUUUCCUCUGUCCUACAGAUAGCAUUUCGCCUGCAGAGAGAGAACUGGAAGAUCAUCUUCCCCAUUUGUUCGCUUAUGCUUGUCCUGACCGGCUACUUUCUCCUCGGGGCAGACUAUUACGUUCGGGUAACCUCGUAUGUAUCAGGCCAGGAAAAUGACUGUUAUUGGUAUGUUGGCAUUGCAGUUUUUGCAUCCUUUUUGGUUUCUCUGACCUGGUGGGAAAACCCAGUGCAGGCAAGCAACAACAUGCAAGAAAUACUGACUGAGUUGGACACCUUCAGAGACUUUGUGUUUGUGAUAUCCAGCCUCUUAAGGAUAGUAGUCAUUGCUGCUGUGUACCUCAUCUACCACGUGUUGAUACAGGAAAACAUUGUAUGGUCAGAUUUUGAUUUCACUCCUAAGGCCGAUGAAGAUGAAAAUACAAUUGCAAGGCAUAGAGAGACCCUUGAUAUUGGUCUUACUGUCCUUUUCCUCCAAGCCUUUUUCUCUGCUGCAUGCCAUUGGUUUGGGGUGGUGGCUUGUAAGAUCCACUCUGUGCGAAUGAGCUUCGCCUUCCCUGUCUGUUUCACUGGGCCCGCCGUUCUCAUCCUCGGCAUGAUCCUUUUCCUAACGCAAUCUGAAGACCUAGCUGCGGCCGACACAACUUCUAUCAUAGACUUUUGCUCAAGCCUAGUGGACCUAAGCACCAAGAACACUACCGCAGUCGUGAUGCUGGAGAUCACCAAGAGCAUCUGCAGGACUUCUUUGAGCAGCCAUUACUGGACCUGGCCUUUCUCCCUACUUGCGCUGGAGGGGAUUUGCAUGUGGCUCGGGCUUAUCACAUGCACCUACUACGUGUGGAACUUCAGGGUCCAGAGGAUCGAGCGCACAACUGAGCUGUUUGUGCGACGCCUCUACGAGUCUGCCUUCAUCGACCUGUCUAUGCUUCUGAACACUAAGAUGAAGGUUGUACGAACGAGGAACCAAGAGAGGCAAGAUUCUGCUAUUUAAAUUAUUAAAAGUCCAUGUGGUCUAAUACUUCACACGGCAAAUAGACAUUUGUUCACUAAUUGUUUAGUUUUACCGACAGUGUACUAUAUAACACAGCGACUCAGUGGUAGUGUGCUGAAAUAUACUCACGGACAUUAACAUGAUUAGAAACAGCUCUCUCUCUGCCCAUCCAUCCAAACAUGUUCUCGUACUUUCCCCAUAUUUUUCAUUCUACAGUAGUGUUGUUGACGACGUGGAGAAUUGUGUAAUUUACCUCUGUGCAACAAUGUGGCAUGAGACCUAUGAUGAGAUGUUGAAGAUCCUGACAUCCAUGUUCAGGUAAAGCAGAGGCCUCUUGUAUACAACACAAGACAAUGGCCCCGUACACAAGUUGUAUAACUCAUGAAGCCUUCAACACAUUUGGCACAACUGGUUGUGAUACAACAGAGAGUUUUUCUGCAUAAAACUAAUUACACAAGAGUUGUGGAGACAACGUAAAAUGUUUGUGUAAACAUGUUUGUACAGACAAACUCUCCGUUGUAUCACAAAAUAUCAGUUGUAUCACAACCAUUGUGUAAAAUGCAUUGCACAUCAGUUGUACAAGCUUAGUGUGUACGGGGUCAACAGACUUUCAGAAAAUACAAUGAAUGAUAAGGUGAUCAUAAUGUUUAGCAGAAAAAUAUGACUUUCUGUAAUUAUAUGUGUCUUGAUGGUUUCAGGUUGGACCGGUACAGAGGUGACCCAAAAGAGGAACAUAAAGAUGUUUUUGACUUUGAGUGCCACAUAUUUGUAGAUGACGCAUUCAUGAUAGUAAAGGAGAAGGGCAAAAAGUUGAUCAACGAAUAUGUGACCGAUCUCAUUCACGUGGUCAUAGAGGUAUACAGGUAAGUGGACAUUUUGUUUUUCUUUGCUCUUUGUUCCAUAUAAAACCAAACCAAUAGUGUCAAUUAAUGAGCACAAGCAAGCGUAACGAUGCAUUCACUACAAAUGGCAAUUCUAUUAAUCCAACUACUGUGAACUGUUUUAUAAUUAAUCUUGAAUGUUUGUGUAUUUCAGGGUAUUCACCAAUAAGGAGCCUGAUGAUGUGUCAAUUAUCGAGACUCCCUAUGGUGGGCGAUUAAUGUUUGUGAUGCCAGAGGGAAACAUGUUGUAUGUCCAUCUGAAAGACAAACAGCUGAUCCGAAACAAGAAGAGAUGGUCACAGGUGGGUGGGAUGAUUUUCUAUAUUCCAUGAUUUCACCACAGUAACCUAUAUUAACAUACUUUAACCCUCCCGUUGUCCUAGGGUCAAAAUGACCCGCCACUGUGUUGAACCAACUUUAUUUAAUUUUUAUAUUUUUUGGAUCAUUUGUGAGAAGGAGGCAGUGAUACUUUCUUUAAAGUCUCACUGCCUCCUUCUCACAAAUGAUCCCCAAAAUAUAAAAAUUAAAUAAAGUUGGUUCAACACAGUGGCGGGUCAUUUUGACCCUAGGACAACGGGAGGGUUUUUAAUGACAUUUCUUGAAGAACAUAUGUACAUCUUGUAAUUGCUUUCUGGUUUUAGAAUGGAAACACUUCAGGAAAAUCAAAUGGUUAUAGGUUUGCAUCUGUCAUGUCUUUCAGAUCAUGUACCUGUACUAUCUGCUUGGGUGGAAAGGAUACAUUGUCAAGAAUCCUCAGAAGAUAACGGUAUGUAAUACAUGUAAUGCUCAUUUCCAUGUUAUUGCCUUUAUCCCUACAAUACAGGUGAUCUGUAAAUAUGAUAAAUCACAGGUGAUCUGUAAAUAUGAUAAAUCAGCAGAGCCAUGGUUUCCAUGGUUUCCCUAAAUUAAUGUGUAUGAUAUUUUUUGUGUCUUAUACAGAGACAGAACAAUCCUUGCCGUGCCAGUCUCAUAUCAUUGGAUGGGGAGAGUUUCCUGUUGCCACAGCAUGACAAUGACAGUAAGAGAAAACACAUAUCUGAUGACAAUACCUACAUCAUGGCCUUGGAUGGGGACACAGACUUCCAGCCCGCAGCUCUGAUCUUACUGGUGGAUCGACUUCGGAAGUACGGCAAUGUGGGUGCUGCAUGCGGAAGAAUCCAUCCAACAGGAAUGGGUGAGUAAAGCUUUACCAAAGAGUUAGAUGGUCCACUCAGACAUUGCUAUGUCUAGCAUAUACACUGAGUGUACAAAACAUUAGGAACACCUGCUCUUUCCAUGACACAGACUGACCAGGUGAAAGCUAUGUUCCCUUAUUGAUGUCCUAUAUCACAAAGAGAUGUAGGCUACAGUAUGACUGAUGAGCAUUGUAUUCUAUUGUAGGUCCAAUGGUGUGGUAUCAGAAAUUUGAGUACGCUGUUGGUCACUGGCUCCAGAAAACAGCUGAGCACGUGUUUGGUUCAGUCCUCUGCAGUCCUGGAUGCUUCAGCUUGUUCAGGGGAUCAGCUCUGAUGGAUGACAAUGUGCUCAAGAGAUACACCACCACUGCAACUAGAGCCUCUGAGUACGUUCAAUAUGAUCAAGGUGACUACUUUCUUAUUCUCCCAUCAACAACACUUGAUUGUCUGUAUCAGCCUAUACACAGGUGGUUCAUAGAAAGUAUUAUCACAGUUCCUUGAGCUACAUAUUUGCUUGCUGAUUAAGGGUUCCCUAGAGAUAAUCAUUAUGGUGUGCACCGGUCCUAGGACCUGAUCCAUACAAUGACUUUCAUGAAUCUUCCGUCUUCCCGCUGGCCAGGUGAGGACCGCUGGCUGUGCACCCUGCUCCUCCAGCAGGGCUGGAGAGUGGAGUACAACGCUGCGUCGGAUGCCUACACCAACUCCCCUCAGGAGUUCAAAGAGUUCUAUAACCAGAGGCGUCGCUGGGGGCCCUCCACUCUAGCCAACACCCUGGACCUCCUGCACAGCGGCAAUGAGACGGUCAAGAGGAACUCUUCCAUCUCCAGGCUCUACAUCUUCUACCAGAUAUUCACUGUCAGCUCCUCCAUUCUCGGCCCUGCCUCCGUUUCUCUGAUGAUAGCAGGUGGGCACCAAUCUCACGCUGUGCUUGUUCUGUUAUUUCUUGGAAAUUAAUGUUGAUGAAUACCAAUUAUACUGUAUGACCUAGAAUAACUAGAGCUGUGCUUAAAGCAGAUGUGCCACUUAUUCCCUUAACUGGUGCGUCAAUCUGUUACAUAACAAAACAAAUCCCCUUCAAAAUCAGUCAGUUUAAACUAGAGAUGUUUUUUUUGCAUUGAAUGCGUCUCAAUCCACCACAUCCUCCAGUGUCACACUUCCAUAGUAUGACCAUCUUAAAACAAUUCCAUGUCAGCUUAGCACCCCCUGUCUUACACUCUAAAUAAUGAAGUAAAGUUAAGUAUUUCUAAUUGUCAAUAAAUUAAAAAGCUCAACUUCAGGCAGCGCAUCAGCUGGGUGGAUGAGAUUACAUAUGACUAACAUUUUAGGGCACAGGACAAAAGGUAUAACCAUAAAGUAUGUCUAACCAAUUAAAGCAGGGAUUUUCAAACUGGGGUCUGCAAUGAAUUUAUUUUGUUAGAACAAAUAUUUGGGGUAAUUAUUUUCCGUGAAAAAAUAUUAUUUUAUGAAUAUCGCUAGCUGCAACAGAAUACCACCUUGGAUACCAAUUUUACGUCUCUACGUCCAGUAUGAAGGAAAUUAGAGGUAGUUUCAUGAGCCAAUGCGAACUAGCGUUAGCGCAAUGACUGGAAGUCUACAGGAACAGUUAGCAUGCUAGCUGUUCAUCCAACUCUGGGGAAGUAGAUAAAUGGCUUCAUUGCCAAAAUCUCAAACUAUCCCUUUAAUAUGGAGGAAAUUACAGUAAUUUAAGCUAAUUACUGGUAUAGAAAAUUCAAUUUCGGGAUGGAAAAACAGUUUGUUAACUUAGAUGACUACAAAACAAAUAGAAAGCAUGCAGAAAAGAUAUUGAACUAUGUAUAUUUUUUAUAAUACCAUCUUUGAGAACUAACAAUCAAAGACAGUCGAGAAGAAAAAAAAACGGUCAUUAUCUAAUAAAAAAAUAUGCAAAAGUAGAGAGUUUGAAAAGGGGCAAAUACUUUUUCACAGCACUGUAUGACUUUUGCUUUGGUUGAUAAAACCAUAAAAAGUUAUGUGGCGAAGAUGAAUUCAAAUGGUUUUGUUCUUAUAUGCUAGGAUAUACAGAUCUCCAUUCCAGGAAGUAUUCACCAUUUUUCUUUCUUCCUCUUUAGGUGCUUUCCAGUUUGUGUUCAACAUUGAAGGAACCCUGUCCAUCAUCAUAGCAGUCAUCCCACCUAUUUUCUACAUGUUCAUUUGCUUUUUGGCAAAACCAAAUGCCCAGAUAAUCAUUGCAGCCAUUAUGAGUGUGUUGUACGCCUUUCUGAUGUUAGCGUCAUUCUUCGCCAUCAUCGGUAAGCUUUGGCAAUGACUUUUCACUACAUACCACAGGUUGAAUAGGCAAAGAUAGAGGCUACCUGUCACGUUGUAUACUGAUAGAAGACAGGCGCAGGAAUACGUAAUAGGGUUUUUUAUUACUCAACCCAACAUAAGGUACGUCAUGGAAAACGACGUGGACGAAGCCCAAAAUAAACACACAUAUAACACAGGGAUGUAACCCAAACAAAAGAGCGAGGUGUAAACCCCUAAAUAAUACACGGGACGAGACCCGUAAUAACAAGUGCACGAUUACUCUGCAUGUAAACUGUAAUACAAUGUACUCACGAGACCAUCGGACAAUAAACGACAAGGACAAUGGGGAACAGAGGGCACAUAUAUACACAUACUAAUCAGGGGGAAUGGGAACCAGGUGUGCGUAAUGAGACAAGACAGUCAGGGGUUGGUGGUAAUUAACCAGAUCAGUGACGCCUAGAAGGCCGGUGACGUAGACCUCCGGAGCUGGUGAAUGGAAUGAGCAGCAGUAUUGGGGGGAUCCGUGACACUACCUCUUAUCAUUUCAAGGGUGGAGGCUGGUGAUAAAUUAAAUUGUAUUGCCUGUCCCAUCAUCAGUAUAACUAUUUUUAUAUUUUUACAUUAUCGGUUAACCUGUAAUCAUCAGUAAACCACAGGUAGACUUUGUUCUAGUUUCUUUUCACCCAAACAUACUGUAUGACAUUGAGCUGUAUUUAGUCUCUCAUGACAGCCUAAGUAACUGAUUUAGUUAUUGGUUCUGAGAUUAAGCUGUAAUUUAUCACUAACUCUUACAUCACUACUGUUGAUUGGUGCCAAGUCAGACUGUUACGAUACACAUUUAAUUUCAUUCGUUCCCCAGGUGACAUGGCUAUGCAGGGCACAUUUAUCACCCCAACUGGCCUCUUCCUGGUGUCCAUGGCUGUCAUGUACUUGGUAACUGCCAUCCUUCAUCCCCAGGAGUUCAGCAUGAUCAUCUAUGGUCUGAUGUACUUCAUCUGUAUCCCCAGUGGUUAUCUCUUGCUCACAAUCUACUCCCUGGUGAACAUGCACAUUGUCACAUGGGGCACCCGAGAGACAAACAAGGAGAAAGAAGAGAAGAUGACCCAGAAUGUUCUCUGUGAUCGCAACUGCAAACUUUGCUGUUGGGAUAUGAAACUACAAGUCACCCAAGAGACUGAUAACUUGAUGCUCCAGCAACUCCAGCAGGCAGUCAAUCCAAACACGCAAGUCACUGAACAGGUGGUGAAAGAACAACAAGCCAACACUAAGAAAGAGAUAAAUAAUGCACUGAAUGAAGAAAACAACAAGGAAAUACUUCCAGAGUCUUCAGACAGCAAAUGGGCCAAGAAAGACAGCGACUCAAAAUCUGAUACAAGGCAUGUACAAAGCAUUUCACAAAGGCCCAAAGGAUCUUGCUCAUAUAUUGUUUAAUGCAAACUUUUAUCAAAUGAAGUGCUAUAUCAGUUGUAACUUUUCAUAAUUUUGUUCACAGCAGUGAUGACAGUCUUGACAGCCUUCCAAAAAAGGAGAGUGCUUAUUCCAGCAUUGAAGAUGACAACAGAGAUGAUGAUGAUAAUAUGCUUUAUGAUGGUUCGCUUUAUAGUGGCUUCACCGAGGAAGAAAGAGAAAUACUACCUCAAAGUGGUAGGUGGUUCAGUACAUGAAAGUCUAAGCUUUUCCAUCCAUUUGCUAACCUGAUUCUUGCUAACACUUUUAAAUUGAAAGUACUUUAUCUUACAGUAUAGAAAUUACUAGGUAUUUACUGAAAGGGUACAUGGUAAAAUUGUAAUUACAUCAUAAUAACCAAUUAAUUAAAUUAAAUCAAGUACCACAAGCCACCAUCUGGUAUCAAGGUACCCAUUGAUUUCCUACAUACAAUACCAGGUAAAUACCAAUAGAAACACCCUGUGAAAUAAUGUGCAACCUGUAGACAUGAUUAUUGACAAAGGAGCACGUCAAUAAAAGAGUAUAGCUGUAACCUAUAGCAUACAAAAGUCAGUAUGUAACCGCAAGUUGAAUUAUACUCAACAGCACCCUCAUCUCUACACAAUUUGCUUUCAAUAAAUAGAUUGGGUUCAGCCUGUCAAGGAAGAGUUCCUGAAGAAAUUGACCUACGCCAACAUGAAAAGGAACCUUCAGGAACAGAUCCGCUACACCCUGAGGAACAAGAACCAGGAGGAUGUGUGUGAAGAGCUGGUGAUGAUGCUAACGGACACAGUGAACGGAGAGCUGAAGGACAAGGUGGGCCCAGAGGACGUGCUGAGCGACAGCCAGUUAGAAGAGCUGCAGUACGCCCUUAACGAGGCCGCCAGGAGGAUCCUAAAAACCAACCGCAUGGAGAGGCUGGAGAGGAGGGUGAAAAGAGCCAUAGAGAAGACCCUCAUUGCCCCACAGGUGGUGAAACUGACUGAGGUAUUUGCUUGAGUGCCACAUGCCAUUCAUAUUGUAUUUAUAUGUUAUAUUGUAUCGCCUGGUGUCUUAUCAAUGCAGCUCCAUGCAUUUUUUUCUCUAAAUAUUUGACCUGGGAUGGAUUUUAGCAAUAAUAAGACUCUGGAACCAGACCCUUUGAAUUAUAAUCUGAAUCAGGGGCGGACUGGCCGAAAUGACAUAUGGGCUGGUCCAUGUUUAGCCCAGUGGGCCUGUCUAUCUUGGGUUUUUAGCACAAAAUUAUAAUUAUCUGGCUAAUAAUGGGGUCCUCAAGGGAAAAAAUGGGCCAGUGUGGGGGCCUUGAGGAAAAUAAUGGGCCGGUGUGGGGGCCUCAAGGAAACAAAUGGUCUGGUGUGUUAUAAAUGCCAGGGCUGAUUUCUGAUCCGAGUCCGCCCCUGAUCUGAAUAACAGACAGUGUUGAGAAACAAUGUUUGCCCUCAUCUAGGUAGGGAUUAUGAAUAUUACAAAUGGUCAAAAAUAUAGCUACCAUGUUUCCCUAUGUAUUUUGGCAGGAUGAACAUGACUUUUGGAAGAAACUGCUUGAGAGAUACCUUGCACCCAUUGUUGAUGAUAAAGCACAUAAAGAGGAAGUGACAAGGGAACUGAAGUCACUACGGAACAAGGUGAGCUUUAAUUUUAUUAACUGCAUCUAAAUCCGUCUAUUUAUUUACUCGCAUGGCUCGUGGAAUGAUCAUCUUUUGUUUUUGCUGUUUUACAGGCAGUGUUUCUGUAUUUCAUCGUCAACGUUUUGUGGAUUGUGGCCACUUUCUUUUUACAAGCCAUUGGAAAUGAUGUGAUUAGCAUCAAGAUUGAAAAAAUCUGGCCAAAUGGCACAUCAUCUGGAGAAUACCUGAAGGUGGAGCCUCUCAGUCUGAUGUUCCUCUUGUCAUUUGCUGUGCUUCUAGUGGUGCAGUUCCUGGCUAUGCUUUACCACAGGUAGGAAAACAUUUCUCAAACACAAUAUGAUACAUAUUUAAUAAUUUGAUACAUGAUAUAUCUACAUAACACCACCUUCCAAACAUGCAUAAGACAGACAUUUCCAAAUAAAAGACAGAGACACUAAUAGAAUACGAUUACAACCUCAUGCCAUGCCCAUUAUUACAGCUGAAAAUGUUAGUUUUUCUCUCUCAAUGCACGCAAUAGUUCAGUUUCAGUUAUCUGAUGAGUCUUAAUGAAAUCAAACUAAAAGUACACACUGUGCGGUUUCUCUUCAGAGUAUAUACUCUUAUCCAUGUGGUGUCGUACAGAAGCACAGAAAAAGACUACAUUCCCAGAAGCGAGGUGAGUGACCUCUGCUAAUCCAAACGAUGGGAGGAUAAAGUGUACUUGAUCAUCAUGCACUUUAGUAGACAAUGAAUCAUUUGCGUAAUUCUGGUGCAAAUAUAUCAAAUAGGUUACUAAAUUAUUUACUAGACCAUGCAUUAAAUAAUAUUGUGAAGACCUAAAAUGCUUGUUGUUGAUCAUUUUAAUUAUCUCCAUUGCUUGUGCAGGAGGACGAGGAGGGGCUGAUUCUUGAGAACCAGAUCGCCAAUGGCCUUGUGAUCACCAGUGAUGACUUGUGAAACUUGACUUGGGGGCGUGUUGUUACCGAGUGUUCCAUCAAUAAAAAGGGUGACUUUGUCUAAACAUAAUUCAGAUAUACCUAGCAGGGAAAGCUUAUUUUGAUACUGCAGCAGUGAAAUACCAAAUGGUAUACUAGCAUUAAAGUAGUUGCCCAAUGCCUCAGUAAUUUUUUAAAAAAUCAACUGUAUCUAUUGAAUAACAAUAUGAGUGAUAAGAUGUGUAUUGAAAAUAAUUGUAAUUCAGACAGAUUGUAAGUACUAACUGGGAAACAGACAGUAUUAUGAUCAGACAAUAAAUAACAAAAUCAUUAAACAAAUACAUAUACAUACUUCUGCUAAUACACUAGCCUUCAUUUUUCAAGGGAAAAUGACCCUUUCUAAAUGUAUGGCACUGAACCUAUCCAACUGAAGAAAAGCCUGAUCACAAUUGGCUGUUUCUUGGGUCAAAAAAGGUGGGUUUUGCCAUUUUCCACAGACAGACAAUGUAAACAUAUUUUAGGUAAUUUUACUAGAAUUUAUCCUGCAAUGUUUAUUAUGUAAACGUGUGACUGCUUAUGCUAAACUCAAAUAAAAUGAAUAUUUCUAACAGAUACAUUAUUACGAGUCAUAGCAUUCAAUGGCAACUGCAUGAGUCUAUAAGCAGAUAUGUCUAGCUACUUCACCUCAAGUAUCAUUACUCAAAUUAACAACACAUUUAAAAUAAAAAGCAUGAUGAGAGCAAGAUACAACUUCAAAGAUAUUGCAGUACAUGUAACUUAGGCAGAAUGUUCGCUGUUGCCUUUCAUCAAGUUCAUUCAGAAUGCAGCCUUCCUGGAAGAGUUAUCAGUCUUCAUGAAGGUAAAAGUUAAUCAGCCACUCAAUGGAUAUCAGACAGUUUAUUAGACAUUAUGAGCAUGUAGUUUGAUCAGUGUAAGAGGACGUUUCAUUUAUGGGAAAUAGAUAAGGGUUUAUUCAUUAUCUUCAGGAAUAACACUGCCAUGGCAACACAACAGAGUACCA